GGUUGUUCUCGAUGCUGCCGCUGAGCUGAUUUUCGUCUCCCUCGUUCUCCGUGUUGUUGUUCUCGGUGACGCGACGGAGGUGUAGCCUGACGCGGUCUCUUACGUGUCGGCCUGAAUAAAAGUGGAGCUCCGAGGGCCCGGGAGUGACGGAGGGAGUCUGUAUCGGUAACUAGAUGACCAUGGAGUCUGCAGAUUCCCAGCAGGACGGCACGGCCGUGGAGACAGACCCCCAGCAGCUCUCCCAGGCCCAGCUCGCCACGCUGGCCCAGCAGGUUUCCAUGGCGGCGGCCCACGGAACCUCGGCCGGCCCCACGGUGACGCUGGUGCAGCUGCCCAAUGGGCAGACGGUGCAGGUGCACGGCGUGAUCCAGGCCGCCCAGCCCUCCGUCAUACAGUCCCCCCAGGUGCAGACGGUCCAGAUCUCCACCAUCGCGGAGAGCGAGGACUCGCAGGAGUCCGUGGACAGCGUGACGGACUGCCAGAAGCGCCGGGAGAUCCUGUCCAGAAGACCCUCCUACAGGAAGAUCCUGAACGACCUGUCGUCAGACGCCCCGGCGGUGCCGCGGAUAGAGGAGGAGAAAUCAGAGGAUGACUCCGGUCCCGCCAUCACCACGGUUACCGUGCCCACGCCCAUCUACCAGACCAGCAGUGGACAGUACAUCGCCAUCACGCAGGGCGGGGCCAUCCAGCUGGCCAAUAACGGCACGGACGGGGUGCAGGGGCUGCAGACGCUGACCAUGACCAACGCAGCCGGUGCGCAGGCGGGCACCACCAUCCUGCAGUAUGCGCAGACCACCGACGGGCAGCAGAUCCUGGUGCCCAGCAACCAGGUGGUGGUGCAGGCUGCCUCCGGGGACGUGCAGGCCUACCAGAUCCGCACCGCCCCCACCAGCACCAUCGCCCCGGGCGUGGUCAUGGCCUCCUCCCCAGCCCUGCCCAGCCAGGGGGGCACCGAAGAGGUCACGCGCAAGAGAGAGGUCCGUCUCAUGAAGAACAGGGAGGCAGCGCGCGAGUGUCGCAGGAAGAAGAAGGAGUACGUGAAGUGUCUGGAGAACCGCGUGGCCGUGCUGGAGAACCAGAACAAGACGCUGAUCGAGGAGCUGAAAGCGCUGAAGGACCUGUACUGCCAUAAAUCCGAGUAGCCCCCUCCGGGACAGACUCAGCCUGGCUUCAGCCACCUGGGUGCGGACUCUUUUCUAACUGUUUUUUUUUAAUGCUACAAACUGCCUAUAAGAAAAUACAGGUAUAGGGAGAAAAAAAAAACUGAAUAUAGUGUAAGAGUGUUCAUUUCCCCUCUCUCUCUCUCUCUCUCUCUGCGAGUAAGAUCAUGACCUUAAACGCGGAGGAACAAACUUUUGGGUGGGUCCGGAGUAUUGGUUCUUACUUCCUGUGACGGGAAAGCGUACGGGAGGUCCGGCCGGCUGUUUUGGGGAACGUUCCCGGGUCUGGCCCGGAAUAACCGGAAUCCCCUGCGGAAGACCUCGCAGGGAGGAUCAUCCAUGUUGUUCCGGAAAACGCCCCACGCCGGGAUUCCGGCGCCUUCUCCACAGGACUCACAGAACGGAGCACAAAGCAUUCUGGGAAAUGGAAACCACCACUUUGCUUUUUUUCUUUUUUUUUUUUCUCAAGGUUUCUGGCCCCUGUGGGCCACCGUACUCUACACGUAGCCCCGCCCCCCUCCCCAUCGUCAGGGCAGCACCAGCGCCCGGAUACACGAACCUCCAUACUGUGGGAACGAGAAGUGGGGGCUGCCCCCUGAUUCCAGCCUUCCCGCUGACCAGUGUGUGGAAAACCCACAGACCUGGUGACCCACACUGGAGUGAGUGUCACAUGGGCAGAGGGAGCAGACCACACCCCUCUCCGGCUAACGUGCUAACGUGCUACCGAGUUGAGAUCCCGUCAUGAAAUAGAUCUUCUCUUUUUAGCGUUGUGGACUGAGUUUGUUAUUUUUUUUGUUUUGCAUUUCUGAAAUUUCUGGAUUUUUUUUUCCAUUUCUAUUUUUGAAUUUUUUUUUUUGGACUACAAAUGUGUGGCUAAGAGACGGUUUGUUGGUAAACUGUCAAGCCCCCAGGAGAAGGUGGAUCCCUGAUCACUGUAGUUGACAAAUACUUUUCCGAAAUUGCAAGAUGGGAGACGAGGAGAAGGCGUGCGAUUGCCCCUCGUCUGACACGGCGGUGAGUCGGACACGUUUGAGCGUCCGCGACCGGCGUCAGACCGCGACAGAGAACCAGCGGAUCGUCUGUAACGUCGCAGGCACCCGUCACAAGUGCCGCGGUUGACUGAAACAAGACAAAAGGUUGCUAUGGCGAGGAUACUAGUUCACUACUCGGCCGCCUGUUUUUUUACGAAUGAAGACGUUUCCGUUUACAUGUCCAGCCAGCGGUUUGGGGAGAAGCCGGUUGCCGUGGUAACGACACGGCGCUGCCGCUGAACUAUAAACGUUUCGCCGAAGCGUUUUAUAAAUUCGCCCGUACGGUCAGGUCCUCUGCUGAUUCGCCGCUCACUAAAGAAGAGCCACGCCCACUUCCCUUGUCCCUGACAUGGAUCCAGAAAUUAAUCCAGUUAUGUAGAUUACUGUCAGAGGGGAUUUGGGAUAGUUAAAGGGGGGGGGGGGGGCACCUUAUUCCCCCCCUUACACUCUUAUUGAGACUAGUGAGUUUACAUCAGGACACUAAAUAAUGGUCCUUUCUAUGACCAGUCCGGGGAUCCAUCUUCUGAACCAGUUUUGUUUAGUUUUUUUUUUUUAAAUACAAAAGAGGGUGUUACCUGUCUUACGCUGCUCAGUGCAGUAUUAAGGAACGCCACAUCGUGUUAAUAUACAACCUUUUGUUGUGAUUCUUUGGAAGCAGUGUGGUCUGGUCUUGUUUUGAUUGAUUUUUUGCAACAUGUAUUUUAUUUCGUGAAACCGUUUGCUACUUUUCGUUCAUUUAUAUAUAGGUUUUUUUUUUUUCUUUCUUAUUGUCUCCACCAAUACGGAAUUAUUUUAUUUGUAUUUAAAUCUACGAAAUAGAAAAUAUAUAUACGGUAUAUACGGCCUGUGCAGCUACUCCAGCUAAUACGUUUCUGGCAGCUAUUUCACAAAAAAAGAAAAGAA